UUUUUUUCUUAUUUCAUUCUUUACUCUUUUUUUCUUUUUACUCAUUAAUCAUCAAUGCCGCUUCAAGUCAUAGGUGCUGGUCUUGGAAGGACCGGAACUCAAAGUUUAGCUGCAGCUUUAGAAAUAUUACAAUAUCGUACACACUCUAUGGUGAAUGUACUUACGGAUCCAACACAAGACCCUGGUGUAUGGUUACGAGCGAAAGAACAACCUUUAGAACAUAAAGAUGAAUGGGAAACUGUUUAUGGCAACUACGAUGCAGCAGUAGGUUGGCCUACCGUGAAUUGUUACAAGGAACUCAUGGACAAAUAUCCUGAUGCUAAAGUGAUUUUAACACUUCGAGACCCUAACGAAUGGUACGACUUGAUGCUCAAUACUAUCUUCACCCAAGUUCAUUUCCAAUUACCUAUCAAUGCUCCUCACCAUUUGAAUCAUGCUGUUGCCAUGUUGAAGUCUGUUGUCUUGGAUGGUCAAACGCCUAGUCUUGCCGACCCAGAAGCUGACCGAGCUAAAUUUAUAAAGAUAUACAAUGAUCAUGUCGAACAAGUCAAGCAAUAUGUACCUGCUCAUCGGAUGCUUAUCAUGGAACUCAAUGAAGGCUGGGAUCGUUUAUGCGCGUUUUUGGGCAAGCCUAUACCAAACGUACCUUAUCCUGCUUUGAAUUAUGCUGAUGAUUUUGGAACUCAUUUUUAUAGUUUAUUGGAACAACUGAACGAAAAUCUCAAGAAAAUGGAGGAUCAUGCUUAGACUAGAUUGAAAAUAUAUCACCUUCCCUAUAAUAGAAUAGCUUUUCUCUCAAUUAAAAUAUACUUUUUUUCUUUUUUUUUACAUUAUUUUUAUACAUCUCAAAUAAAAAAAAUGUCCAUUCCCUUUUU